AUGGAAGUGCUUGCGAGAGCUGCAAGAAUACUAGGGGCACAGGCGUUGCAUCCCAGGACCAACAGUGUCCGGCGUUUCUCCGAGUCAGCCAAGUACGUGAGCCCGAUCUCCAGAGUAAAAUGGAAUCGGUUGAAAAUGAGGAUGCAAUCACGGAAUGGAGAGGUUGCAGAGGAGGAGCCUGCGGAGCAAUGCUCCUGCCCUGAGCAGCAGGCCGUGCUGGAAGAAAUUAGAACUUGCAGGGAGUGGGACGUUGCAGCGGCUGCCUUUCGGCAGCUGUCUGCCCCGGAGCUCCCCGUUUGCAAUGCAAUGCUGAGACGGGCACAGCGGGCUGGACGACUGGAAGCGGCCUUUGAUGUUUACGCAGACAUGCGACGUCGCGGAGCACUGUCAGCGCGCACGUACUCUCCACUUAUCCGACUUGCCGGCAGAGCUCACCCUGUCCUGGCGCAUGCCUUGCUCGGCGAAAUGCGUGCGGCAGCAGUGGAACCCAACGGUCACAGCUACCUGGCUGUCUUUGACGUGUACAAGGCCGCACGCGAUGUGGAGGGCGCGAGGCGCGCAUGGCAGGACAUGCGCGCAGCUGGGGUGCAACCUGUUUACCCUGCAGUCUCUACUGUCAUGUCCACAGUGGCAAAAACUGGCGACAUUUCAGCUACGGAGGCACUCCUUCAAGAAGCUAGAGACCUCGGUCUGAACGCGACCACUGUCAGCUACAACUGUAUUCUGGAUGCUUGUCACAUUGCAGGUGAUGCAGAUGCAGCAUUUCGCAUUCUGUCAGAGAUGAGAGCAGCCGGCCUCGUCCCGGAUGUCAUUUCCUACAACUGCGCGCUGGGAUCUCUGGCCACUGCCGGGCGGCCCGCUGCCGACCGGGCCCGGCUGCUUGAGGAGAUGAGACGAGAUGGUGUCAGCCAGAACUCUUUGUUCCUGGAGCGCCACGUCUGCUACGCUCUGGGCAUGCAGCUCGAUCAGAGCAAGGUCUCCGGCGCCGAAGAGCUGCGGGCACAGUUUCAGGAGCUUCCUGCAGAGGCACGUCGAGAAGCCCUAGAGGCAAUUCGUGACAGCACCGAAUCGACGAAACUCGUUCGUGCCCUGCGCAGCAUUCUCGAGUCUCUCGAGGAAUCUAAGCACGAAGCCGUGCCAUCAAAUCAGCAGACUCAGAAGACAGAGAGCGGCGAUUGGGUGAAAGUGCUGGCAAAGGAUGAGGCUGGCUCUCAGAUCGAGUAUUUCUGGGACCGUCUUUCCGGCAAGACGCAGUGCGAACUCCCACAGGCUUUCGCAAGGCUCAAGGCUGCGCAGAUCGAAGAGCUCGCAGCCGCCGUCGGUGUCGGCCAGCGCCCAGAGGCCUGUCUGCAGUACCAGAUCGACUCGGGGGUGGCUGCAUCCAUGGCUUCGGUCAUCACGUGUGCGGUGAUGAUUGCAUGCCAAAAGCCGAGGCCGGCGGCGCAUCUUUGGCAGGUGGAUUGGCAGGCACUUGCAAAAGAGCUGCAGCCUUCGGAGGACUUCGCCACAAAACUCCGAGUUGCUGCGCUGAUGCUUGCGAGAGGAAUGAGGCUUGACGAGAGUUUGGCCUCUGCGUUGUGGCGAGAGAUGAAUCGUCUCCCGCACAUCUGGUCAACUCCACUGCCGCACGUGACCGGCUUGGGACGCGACUCCUGCAGUCUCGGCGGCUUGGAGCAGCUUCGCCAGUGCGUCAAAGCGUACGCUCAGCUGGCAGCACCUCGCAAGACCGGAGAGCUUUGA